AUGACCACAGAGCGCCUUGAAGCCUGGCAGCUGCUUACUGCCGCAGUGCCAAGAGAUCUGUGCAAUACGAGCGGAGACAACAACGCCUCAUCAGUCAAGCACAAUGUCCUAAAUUGGAGACAUUUUGCCGCAAAUUCAAGUAUCAUUCACGGCGGUUUCAUUGCCGCGACAUGCCGUACGUUUGGCAUCAGCGAAACUGCGCCUAGGGUCAUUACCUGGCGUGCUGUUUUGAAUGCAGCAAAGCCUAUCUUGACAGUUCCGUCCAGAAUUCAGAUCCGUUUACCAGAAGCAUCCUUUUCUAGACAGGGAGAGUGUCGUUGUGAGAAUAUGGGAUCUGGGACCGCUGGCAUGCCAAGGACGCCAGACCCUACGCAAGUGGACUCUGGCGUGCUGGACUCAGCUAUGCUUAAGAUCCCUGGCUACGCACUGCGUCAUCAAAACGCGGCGUGUCUGUCUAGAGGUUCUGAGUGGUUGAACAAAAGGCGGAAAAAGAGGCUUGCCAUCAGAAACAGCCACGCUGCAGCACCCACACUUGAAUUUGCAGCGACCACAUCCUAG